GCGCGCGCACUAGGCCACGCCCCAUUUCCCUCAGAGAGCGGCUGGCGGUUCGUGUGGUAGCGACGGGCCGGUCCUCUGUCUCCGCACACGGUCGGAGCGGGGCUGGGGAGGGCGGAGUCCAGCCUCUGUCGUCUCUCCUUCUCUCCCUUCCUUUUUCCUUUCUUCGCCCCCUCUUUCCUCUCCUCCCCUCACGGACAACAACAUGGCGGCGGUGUCGGGGGCAGCGGCGGGCAGCUGUGCCAACCCAGCCGGUGGCCCGGAGAUGGUGCGAGGGCAAGUUUUCGACGUGGGGCCUCGCUACACCAACCUCUCCUAUAUCGGGGAGGGGGCUUACGGGAUGGUCUGUUCUGCUUAUGACAAUGUCAACAAAGUUCGGGUGGCCAUAAAGAAAAUCAGUCCUUUUGAACACCAGACUUACUGCCAGAGAACUCUGAGAGAGAUCAAAAUCCUAUUGCGCUUCAAGCAUGAAAAUAUUAUUGGGAUCAAUGACAUUAUCAGAGCUCCAACAAUUGAACAAAUGAAAGAUGUAUACAUUGUGCAAGAUCUAAUGGAGACAGACCUUUACAAGCUCUUAAAGACUCAACAUCUCAGCAACGACCACAUCUGUUAUUUCCUUUACCAGAUCCUGAGAGGAUUAAAAUAUAUCCAUUCAGCCAAUGUGCUGCAUCGUGACCUCAAACCUUCCAACUUGCUGCUAAACACCACUUGUGAUCUCAAGGUCUGUGACUUUGGAUUGGCUCGCGUUGCAGAUCCAGAUCAUGAUCAUACUGGAUUCCUAACAGAAUAUGUUGCCACGCGUUGGUACAGAGCUCCUGAAAUUAUGUUGAAUUCUAAGGGUUAUACUAAAUCUAUUGAUAUCUGGUCUGUAGGCUGUAUUUUGGCAGAGAUGCUAUCAAACAGACCCAUCUUUCCAGGAAAACACUAUCUUGAUCAGCUGAACCAUAUCCUUGGAAUACUUGGAUCUCCUUCUCAAGAAGACUUGAACUGUAUAAUCAAUUUGAAAGCCAGAAACUAUUUGCUUUCUCUACCAUACAAAAACAAGGUGCCAUGGAAUAGGCUGUUUCCAAAUGCUGACCCCAAAGCUCUUGAUUUGUUGGAUAAAAUGUUGACCUUCAACCCUCAUAAAAGAAUUGAAGUGGAAGAAGCUUUGGCCCAUCCAUAUCUAGAGCAGUAUUAUGAUCCAAGUGAUGAGCCUAUAGCUGAAGCACCCUUCAAGUUUGACAUGGAGCUGGAUGACUUGCCAAAAGAGAAACUGAAAGAACUGAUUUUUGAGGAAACUGCCAGAUUCCAGCCAGGAUACAGAUCCUAAAUGACAUACAGGAUAAAGGAGUUCAAGGGCUGGGCAUACUCCACAUAGAUGUUAUCUUUCUGGUUCUUUAUCUGUGGUCAUGCCUUUUGCCUAUUUCAGCUUAUCCACUAACCAAGCCAUUCAGGAGAGCCAUUUCUGGUAGUCCUGGCUUUUAUGCUUUCAAUGGAUUCUUUAUUUAUGCCCGAAAAAUUGUUAUUGAUAUUCCUAUCAUGUCCAUGACUGACAUUUUUGCAGUACUGUCUUUCCAUAUACCUUUACUGCUGACAAUACUGUUUCCUUUCUGAUUUGAAAGAUGCAGUGUUUCAUUUCUGGUUUUAACCAAGAAGAUGGCAGACAAAUAUUUUUACACCAUGAGCUAUUUUAUUUUCUAGGUUUUAUUAGUGGCAUUUUUUUAUUUUUUAAAGAAAAAGCUACAGUUUAGGGCACUUUAAGUCAGUGGCAUCCUCCACUCUUUUGCACAUCUUUAAACAGUAGUAGUUUAAUAACAUGCAAAAUGCAGAUGGACAGAUUGACAGCAUAGCCAUAUUAAUAUUGGAUCUUGUUUAUACACUUGUUCUAAUUUCUUGUUCUAUAUAUAUAAAUUAAUGCAGGGCAUUUUGUUAGGUCACCUAGAAAUCUUGCUUUGUUAGCCAAAUUUGGUAGGAUUGGGAGAUACAUUAUCUUGCCUCUUUAAGCAGUCCUAGGUACUUCUGCAAUUUUAAAUUUGGAUGGUACUCUCAAAGCUCCUGUCAUAUUUGCAAGAUACAUAGUGCAAUCCCAAUCAGAAGUGAGUUCAGCAGAAUCAGUAAGUAUUCUUAGGAUGAUAGCCGUGCAAACAGAAAGCAGCAGCUCAGUAACUGACACAGUGGUGAGAGAAUAAUUUGGGUAACAAUCUCAUACUCAAUAGUUUCCUGUUGUUGAAAGGCACCCAUAUGGCGUGCAUUGGUUAAUAGAGAUAUAUGAAUAUGUAAACUCAGUCUACAUAUUGGAUACCAAUAAAACACUUCAAGUAUCUUUACAAUCUUUGAAUUUAUGUGGAGGGUUCUGAUAAAGGAACACUGCUUCUUUAAAUGAGAAAUGUAGUAUUUACUUUGUUGUAACUUUCACUGUGGUGAUGUGCUCUCAAAUCCUCUGAAUUUGUGACAUUGAACUGCUGCUCAGUCAAACAAUUAAACAACUUUUUUGGUAAUGCUGACUUAGGGCCACCAAACAAAGCUAUCACCGAAUCAUGUUUCAUCAAAUACUCUACCUUUUUUAUGAUAACUUCAAGUAUUUGUUUCUGAAACUGUAUAAUGUGAAGUUUACUAGGUGUUAUGUUCCAGUGUAGUGCCUCCUUUACUUUCCCCACUGCUCUGUGGUGAGAAAUUUGCCUUGUUUAAGAUAAUUACUGUGCCCUCGCAUGACUGUUAAAAGCUUUCUGUGCAAAGAUGAUUGUCUAAGUGCCACAUGCCUACAAUCAAAAAAAGUUACCUCUGAUUUGUGUUAAAUUAUCCAGCAAAUAACUUAGAAAAAAGUUUUGCUUUAGCUCUUUAUUUCUCUGCUCUGUUGUAUUUUGGCAGCAGUGAAGAAUAGAUUGUUAUGAAGAUUGCUUACUAAUAUGAACAAAAACGCACUUGUAAUUAAAAAUACAUUUUAAUCUUGUAUCUUUGCAUUAACCUUUCAAAUAAUUUUAUUCGCUCUUUGAUAAAGCAUUUAGAUGGGAAUCUGGUUUCUGUAGUUAUCUGAGUAUGCUUGCUGGUGAUAGGGCUGUUUUUAUCUUCAAUAUAAUUUAGAAAUCCAUUAACCUAGACUCUUGGCAGCCUUAUCAUUAUGCAUAUUUGCUGAGAUCAGUAGGAUUUAACUCCCAAAUAAACAUAGAUAGGAUGAUGGUCCCAAGGCCCUAUUGACUACAAUUUAGUGAUAACUUUUUCUUCAGAAAUAUUUUAGGAGUUAGCUUAAGUAGGCUAACUCUUACUAAACAAAAGUUCUUCAAGGGGCAUUUAUUAUGAACUCCUAUGGUUUAUAGUACUACUUCUGUGUAAACUACAAGUUGGAAACAUAGUUGGGAAAACUGAUGUCAACUUCAUUACAAUUCUCCACUUGACUGCUUUUACUUCUGUGGAAACUUUUUUUGGUCUUUCUACACUUCAUAUCUUCACAAAUUGCCUGCACCUAGUUGAGUUGUGCUACAGCUCUGCCUGCAUGAUGUUGCUAAAUUAACCUGGUACGUUUUGACUGUUACAAAAACUCUAGUGAAAUAACACCACAGUUUUAUUAAGAGGUUUGUUAGCUUUUCAUUCAGCUCUUUGCACUUACAUUUUGGAGAUUUAACUUUUGUAGUAUAAAUGUGAUUUACAAGUCUACAAAAGAAGCUGUGGGCACAGUUCACUAAUAUCAGGUGCUUUGAGGCAUUAUUUCUGUCUGACAAAAUAGAUUGACUUGAAACCACUAUUUGCAGACAUCAAAUGUUUUGGGGCGUGAGUUUCCACCUUGAGCAUAACAGGAUUUUCAGCAGAAAAUAUUUUUUUCAGAUAAAUGCUUAUUUCAGUGUAUUUUUAUUGCCUGCCUAUUUCUGCAUGACUAUUCUAGAAAUUCCUGUAAGAAUGAUAGAGAACCUGAGGUUAUGUUACCAAUAUAGUAUGCAAUUAUAUUGAAGUUUAUUCAGACAUCUUUGGUAUAAGGAAUGCAUAUUUUGGGUUUGAUGCAAGUUGAGUGCAGAAUGUGCAUAUUUACUGGUCACUAUACGAAAUCAUUUGGAUGACUUCAUAUUAACUUGGAGACUAUGCAUAUUGAUCAGGCAAUCUAGAUUUCAUUCUAUCAAUUUGUGCACAUUCUCUGUUCAGCUCUAUCGGCCACAACACAUGCGAGCUGCCAAACAUUCCAGUCUUCAUCUAACAAGACCCUGCAAUUCCCAGUGGUGUAAUGCAAAGACUUUCUGUUUCCUGGCUGUGAGUGAUUGAACUUCGCUUUCCAAUGCCUAUUUUUUUCCUAAAGCCAUAUAUGUAUGCCAGACAUGGAAAGUCUUGUAAUGCAUGCUUUCAAGAGUACAUUAUUACACAGGUUAGAUUUGAGAGCUGCAGAAGGACUUUGGUCACUGAAGGGAACCUAUUUUAUUUCCAUUGUAAAAUAUUUAAAUAUGAAGCUGCCUUAUACAGAGUCAGACCAUUGGUCCAUCUAUUACAGUAUUGUUGUCCCCCUUUCCCCCAGCUGGCAGUGGCUGUCAAAGUUCUUUAACAGGGAGCCUUCCCCAGCUCUGCUAUGUGAGAUCCUUUUAAACUAGAGAUGCCAGGAUUGAAACUUGGACUUAUGGGCCAUGCAAACCUUAUGCUUCUACCACUGAGCCUAACGUGGGUAUACUGUGUGCUGUACUGUGAUAUGUUCAUAACUUGUCAGAAAUAUGUCAGCCAAGAAGCUGUAGUGAGGAUUUUAAAUUCUUAAAAGAGUACCUUGGUUUCUGUAAGUUCAGUAUACAGUCCCAAUGCUUAAAAAAUCAAUGUUUAAAGUAGCUCAGAUAGGGGGAAAACAUACACAUGGUUUUAAUUUUAGUCCUUUGCAUAGUACUUCUAUAUUUAUAAAGUAAUGUUUUGAACCAGUCCCAAGUUUAAGGGAAACUAUUUUUGUAAAUGUUGCAGUUUAAGUCCAAGAAAUCUUUUUGACAUGUCUAAAAUAUGUUUAUGCUUUGGCUGAAUGAUUUGACACUAAUGAAAAGUGCACUUUAGUGAAGUCCAUCCUUGCAAUCAGUGUUGUAGCAUGUGCUGUGAUCAGAACUGAAGUGGAAGAAAUUUAACAAUAGGACUAACCUUGUGAUCCCAGAAAAGACGGUUAUAAGGCUGCAGCAGGUUUACUUACUAUUGUUGCCUUUUCUUGUGGUAUUUCAGUGUAGAGCACUCCCAAGAAAAUCCUUUUGCUUUUGUAUUUGCUUUGUACUGUUGGUGCCUUAGUCAUGUACCCCAGACAUCCUGCACAGCUAAUUUUAGUUAAUGGUAAAUUUUAAAACCUAAAACAAAACCAGAAUUUUAUAAAGGUUUUCUGUAUGUUGUUACGUUAUAACAACUAAACAUUUAUAUUGUGCGACAGAUUUGUGAUUCGUUUAUUAUAAUAUGUAUAAAAUGAUUGUAAGUAGAAAAGGUUUAUAUUUCGUCUUCAGUUGAUGUAAACAUAUAUAAUUUUUUAAAUUCAGUGUCCUGUUAGUAUAUGCCAUCUGAUUCUUGUAAAAACAAAUGUGAAGAAAUCAUUAAAUUGUGGUCCUGAAUUACCAAA